UAUUUCAGUAUAGGUUAAAUUAUAGUAUACUGUUUGCAGCACAUGCCAAGCGACACAAGGUGACAAGUGUAAUCGAUGUCCGGUGUAUUUCGAGACGCAGAUUCCGAUUACGAGUCGCGAGUGUAGGUUUUCGUAAUGUGUGCAUGGUGUUUAUCGCUGUUGUUCGCGGUAGAUUCACACAGCCGGGAUUGUUUGAGUUGCUACUUGGCCGCGUACCAGUAAGCGUGCAAUAGAGCGAAAAAGCGCGGUUAGGAUUGCUGACGCAAUCCUCCUUAAUUUUUGCGCAAUCAUAUCCUGUAUUCCCAUUUAUUGUUUUGUAUUCCACAUACUAAUUCUGUUUAAUGGCCAAAUCGUCCCCCUCCCCCUUCCUGAUUAUUGCGGACGGGUGCCAAAUUAAAGAAAGAAGAAGAAGAAGCCGGGAUUAUUCUGACAGAGACGAGAACUGAUUCGGAAUCAUAAUAAGGGAAGGGUCGGAUCGAAUCGCGACUGUUGCUGGGCACUUGAUGGAUUCAGGUUCCUUCGAUGUCAUUUUGUUAUUUCCAACUUACAUUAUUGUUUACGUGUGGCUUCUAUUUGUAUAAUAAUAAUUGGCUAUUAUAUGUUGGCUAUGGAUAAGGAAACUAGCUACAUUGAUCACUUAUAUCGGAUAUCUUGUACGAAGUCUCGAAGAUUUGCAUCUUUAUGAUAUUGGAUUUAACCAAGUUACUCUACUAUGGAUUUACUCUACUAUGGAUUUACUUAAGAGAAUUCUGGAUAAUACAUUUGCUUGGUAGAUUUGUAUUGAAAAGCGCAUUAUUCCUGCAAUCAUGAGCGCCCAGAAUCAGUUGCCAAAUCUUGACAAGAUCUUUCGGGAUGAUGACGAGUCUGACUUCAUACCCUCGGGAGGGUCUAAUCUGGCUGCUAUUUUUGGGCUACAAUCAAAACUUACAGAUUCUCAUUCCACUAAACAAAUGGCAUCUAAAAAGAACAAUAUUCGAUAUAACAUACAACAAACUGUACCAUCUUCUAAGACGGAAGUAUUGAUAGCCAAAGCAGUACAUGCUUUUAAAUUACAAAAUGGUCAAUACACUUCUGUUGGGAAACUUGGUAUGGCAUUAACAGGCAAUGUAGUGACAAGGCUUUAUCAGAUAAUUUUAUAUAAGACUAAGCAAGAGUACAUAUCUGUCGCUACAGUGACACAUGACUUUGCCUACACUAUACAAGUGAACAAUUAUGCUAGUUAUUAUGAUAAUAACAAAGAAAAUUGGUCGAUUUUAUUUGAGAAUAACGAAAAUUACCUAGAAUUUGCAAUAGAAGUAGGACUAGCACGUUAUUUUACACUGCAAGAGAAAGGAGAGACUGUAAUUUACCAAGAUCUAAUGCCGAGUAAUAAAGACAUGAUAGCUAAAGAGGGGGAUAAUAUAUGCAUCAGAUAUUUUGUGGGGACUGAGAUUGUACAACCUUUUAAAACCAACUUUACAAUGUCACAGACAAUGACAGUGGAAAUAUCAACAGACGAGAAUUGGGAAAGAAUUCUUUUGGGCAGUGGCAAGGAUCUGAAAAGAGUUUUAUUUUUACCACCUAGUAAACAGAUUAGUUUAGGUCCUGGAUUUCCUAAAGAGAGAGAUGUUAUGCUGAUAAUAGAGAUAACUGAUAUACAAGCUCAGGAGGAAAAUCCACUGACGCCUAAAAGUUCAACGAGUGGUAAAGCAGCUAUAAUAUCGAGAAUGGCUAAAAUGGGUCAGCCUAUUUUACCAAAAAUGCCUCUACCCUCCACCACUGAUUCCGAAGAUACUGAGGAUGAUGUACCUCAUAAAUCUUCUCGUCACAAGAGGAUCGAACAAUCAGAAGGAAUUUCGCAAAAGAAGAAUUUGUCCCAUGAAUCAUUGGAAAGAAAGGCCCUUCAGAAAACUGUGGAAUCUAAAACUGAAGUGCCUUAUACAGAUUCUAGUACUUGUAAGCCUCUAAUUGCUGCAUCUCCAUUAACGCCACAAUGGACUCCAUCAUAUUUUACUUCAAAAUUACAGGGACAUUAUGUAACGAUGGACAAUCAGAUGUAUCCCGUAACGCAGACUGUAAAUCGUACAAUACCGGCAACUUUGGAUCCCGGAAUGAAUAUGCUGCUAUCAGAGACGAGAAUAGCAAACGCAGAAAUACGAAUGGGAAUGUCCAAAAUAUCUGAUAAUAUCCAAAAAUUAUUAGAUAAGUUCCAUAUACUUGAACUUCAAAAUGCGACAACUCCUACAAGUGAUAAAGCAACUUUGGAUGCUUCUUGGAAAAUGCUCUUAGCUCUUAAUGCAUCUCAAGCAGGAACAAAGGAUAAUCAAUUAUCAAAAAAUGCUGACAACGAUAUGCCCGAUGAGAAAAUUCGUGAGGCACAGAUCAAAAUAAGUUUCUUAGAAAAUGAUUUAAAAAGAUCAAAAGAAGAAAAAGAAUCACUGUUACAAGUUAAUGAAAAUCUGGGCAAGAAACUUCAAGAAUUGGAAGCAAGAUUAACCGAUACAAAUAAUGAGUUGAAGAAAACUAAAGAAGCCUUAGAAAUAGCUAAAAAUACAAUUGCACGGUGUAAAGAAGAAAAUACUAGUCUAGAAAAUACACUUUCUCAGUGUCAUACACAGCACGUUCUACAAGCUGACGCAACAUCUUCCAGACAGAAAGAUGUUGAGAAGAAGAACAAAGAAAUUAAGCAAAUAAUGAAUAAAACAUACCAUACAUUAUCAGAAAAACUUGCGGAUGAAUCACGUUCUGAACUAUCCUUUGAUUAUGUAAAAUCAACCAUUGCAAAUACAAUAAAGCAUAUCACUUUACAAGUACUGUAUGAAGAUUCUGACGAAGAUACAGAAUCUAAAGCAACUAAAGAUGUGAAUACCACAAUUAUCAAAGCUGCUGAUCAUCAAGUUGAGGAACCAACAAUUGAGAAACAUAUCGAGAAGCCAUCAUUAAACCUAUAUAGUAAUAAUAAUCUUUCGAUAAAAUGCACCGAAACUUCACGAUCUACUACGAUUAUGCCUAUAUUUGAAAAUGAACCACCACCUGUUCCUCCUGAGGACAUUGAUGAUGGCGAUAGUGAUUGAUUCCAACAUUGAUCGAUUUUUCUAAUUUAUUAUUAAUUCAGGUUACAAAAAGUAAUAAAAUAUUUCUUAUAUUUAGUAUUAAGGGGAUGCUCAACCAUCAAGAAUUGCCGACAUAUUUAUAUUUUCUUCGAAUUGACUUUUAUAUCACAAAAGCCUUUUACACAAUAAAAAUAGGCCCAAAAAUAUACCAAGCAAGAACAGAUUUUAUGAAAAAAUCGGAAGAAAAAUUCACUUAUUUUUGGCUAGUGCAAUUGUCAUCUGACAUUCUAAUGCCUAUGUUAUUGAAAAUCUGUAACUCGUACGUUCAAAACAAGACACUCUUCCCAAUUGUAAAACAUUUAGGAACAAGCCUGAGUUUAUGGAAUUGCGAUCAAAGGCCUAACAAAAAAAAAAAAAAAUAUCGUGUUAGGCGUAUAUGUUUAGUUUAGAGGAGAUAAACAGUGAUAAACAGAGCAAUAAUUGUGUUAAACAGUAUAUGCCAGAUCUUGCGUUAAAUGGCACUGAAAUUGAAGAACAAGAAUAGAUAAUAUCCAUGAGUGCGUUGGAUAAAGAGCGCUAGUCUGCUCAUCUGGCAUUAGCUCUAGUCCCUUAUUUUUCGCCCUGCGCGCGUGCCGUUCGACUCUCGCUCGAAAAAAAUUUUAAUACUGACGCACAAUUGUCUAGAUCUCAAAAUGUUGGCCAAAAAUAGAGAUUUUAGAUUUAAACGAAAAAAAAAUAUAUAAGGAUUUUUGAAGUCGCUGAUAACGAAUUUAAUAUAAAAAUUUCAAAAUUCAAAAUGGCGGAUUUAAUAUGGACGAACACUAUUAAAAAUUAUUUGGAAUCUUAUAUAAAUUGGGGUACAAGGGUAUUCACGAUGGCUAAUUACGAUUAUGAGGUUACAAUUGAGAAAUUAAGAAGUGUAUGUAUGGUUGAUUUUUAUUUCAAAUUUUCACAGAGUAACAGUUAUAAUGAAAUAUAAUUAAGAAAAUAAUUAUCAAGAUUUUAAAAAAAGAUUAAAACGGUUAAAAAUAUUUAAAGAAAAGAUUUAUAAAAGAGAUUAAAAAGAAAAAAAAAAUUUAAAAACAUUUAAAGAAAUCAGCCGCAAGCACUAUCGAAACCAUUAUCAUCUUCGAAAUCAAAAUCGGAAUCAUAAUUAUCGCAAGUUUCUACAGGAUUGUCAGACUCAUCAGGGAAAAGUAGAAGCUCUAAGGCCUCCAAUGACAACUUUUUACUUUUUUUAGUGAUCAUUUGUCUCAUGCUCGUAAUUAGCGGAUCUAAAGAUAGCAGAAGCCAGUAAAACACAUUUGUCACUGUGUUUUUGCGUGAAUUUUUUUGAAAAAUCCUUCACGAUAUUUUUUUAUGUCCUUAUUUUUGGCUUCCUGGGCAUAUUCGAAUAAUUGCCCGAUUGGCAAUACUGAUUGAAUUAUUUGAGCUCCAUGUAUUAAAACUUUGUGAACUGUCGUGGACAUGUAAUACUAAGGAAACUUGGCCACACACAUUUCCGCAGUAACAAAACAAUACUUUUGAAAUUUUUCAAUGUUUACAUUGUAUCCACUUGACAUGACCUGCAAGAUAACGUGAAAUCGAUUAAUGAAAUCUUUGUCCCAUCCUAGGAUUGUAACAGAUACUAAUGAAUGUUCGAAAAAAUGACGAGCCAUAUUGCCAUCGUCCGUCGUGUUACCGUAAUCUGGUUUUGAACGAUCCACAAGAAGACUUAGCUGUGUUUUAAAUUUCUUCUGAAUUUCCGAUUCUCGAUUGCAUUUUUCCUUUCUGUUGAUCGCGCUUGCCAUUUCUUACUGUCAUGUUUAUAUCUAAGGAGCAAGUUCUUAAAAAAAUGGAUCCAUGUGUGUAACGUUGAUAAUCCGUAACGCAAAUUAGAAACGUCAAUUUCUUUAUGUUUUACUAAAUCAAGGUUAUUAAAUUGUUUUGAUGCUGCUCCUAACUUUGGCUUCUAAAAUUUUUUCAUAAGCAGGAUAUAUAAGAGCGUUUUGUUUUUUCAUUGAUUUUCUAAUAAGUACUGAUUUUUGGAUAAUUUUCCUUCAAUGACAUCGGAAAGCGCAGAAUCGUCAGACAUUUUAGUAAUACGGGAAGUUGCAAAUUUUAAUGCUGUUCUGUAUUUCUCAGCUCGCGUUGAUGACAUUAUAAUUUCUUUUAUGAUACUGGUAGCACUAGACUACUGGCUCCAGAAGAACGAAGGCUCAUUUCAAUAGCCAACAAUAAUUCCAAUGUGCUUUAUGAUUUAUGUAAAUCAGUGGCUCUUUUCUUGGUUCGAUUACUUGCUUCCUCGAACUUCAUAGAUGGUCGACCACGUUUUUUUUGACUCCGCGGAUUUCGAUCUUGCUGUACUCGUUGUAACCAUACACGAAUCUGCAGGUUUUUCAUUUGUUGUACAAACAUGCUGGAGUACAUAAUCGAAUUAUUGUAAAGAAUUUUAAAUCUUACUUUAAGUUUUCUUGAAAAAUUUUAAUUAAAAGUGACAUAUUCCUAUAUUAAAUUUCAAGGUCAACAAUAUUAAGAGAAUAUUUCGAAGUACGUACGUUAAUAGCCAUAGAAAAAAAA